AUGGAGGUCGCUGGAGUAGAAGAAGCCAGAGUCGUCAUAAGCAGCAAGGGAUGCUUGCAGAGGGAGAGGGAUGCUCUCUUGCUUUACAAAGCCUCCAUCAAAGAUCCUUCCGGCUGCUUGUCUUCUUGGACUGCCCAACUAGACUGCUGCGCGUGGACUGGCGUAGUCUGCUACAACAGAACGGGCAGCGUACGAGUGGCCGAGCUCAACCUUGAAAAUCCAAAUGCCCGCUCUCGCAAUUGGCCGGAGAAGGCUUUGAGGGGUGAGCUGCUGCAUCCUUCCUUAUUGUCUUUAACUCAUUUGCAAAGCUUAGACCUGAGUUACAAUGACUUUGAGGGCACUCAAAUUCCACCACUCGUUGGUUCUCUUCACAAACUCAGGUAUCUUGAUCUCUUUUACUCCAACUUUGGUGGAACCAUUCCCCCUCAUCUUGGAAACUUAACUGAUCUUCGUUUUCUCAAUCUCGGCUUAGAAUGUUUUAAUUCUGCCAAAGUCGUUGUCCGCAGCCUAGACUGGCUCUCCGGCCUCUCGUCUUUGAAUUAUCUUGACAUGUCGUCUUUGGAUCUCAGCGCUGCCUCCCAUAAUUGGAUAUCAGCAGUCAAUAUGCUACCUUCCCUACAAUAUUUAUAUUUAUAUGAUUGUAAAAUUAAUAUCCCUCAGUAUUCUCUUAGUUUCCAUCUCAAUAUCACUUCCCUUGAGGAUCUUAAUCUUGGUGGGAACAACUUCAGCUCUUCUUUUCCUAACUGGUUGUGGAAUCUCACCAGCCUCUCCUAUCUUGAUCUUUUUAACUCUGGAAUUCAAGGGACACUGCCUACCGAAAUUGGCAACUUAAUUGGCCUCACGUAUCUGGAUCUUUCCUCCAAUUGUCUCUCUGGUCCCCUUCCUAAUGCAAUUUGGAAAUUGAAGCAUCUAUUAGAUCUCGAACUGAAUGAUAAUUUGCUUGGAAUUUCUUUUCCAGUCGGGAUUAUGAAUCUAUCAAGCUUAUCUACACUACGGCUUCAUAAUUGUUCACUAAGUGGUCCAUUACCUAGUGAGUUAGGAAAUUUGACUAAUCUAGAUACUAUUAGGCUUUCACAUAAUUCACUUUCUGGACCAAUACCAAUUGAGAUUUGGAAACUAGCCAACCUAAAUUAUCUUCACCUCUCUGAUAAUUGGUUCGAGGGUGAAAUCACUGAGUUCCACCAUUCUAAUCUUACUUCUCUAGAUCUCUCCUACAACAAAAUUAAUGGUACUUUGCCACCAACAUCCCUACAGAGUUUGAUUAAACUAAAUUUUUUAAAUCUUCGUUGGAAUCGACUUGAAGGCCUAAUUCCUCAUUUUCCACCCCACCUUAAUUUUCUAGAUCUAUCCUAUAAUGCUUUUUCGGGAACACUACCACCGGCCUUAUUCAUGCUGCAACUAUCUUAUUUAUCUCUAUCACAUAAUCAUAUUAACGGAAGCAUAUCAUCCAAUGUAUGCAAUUCUCAUAUACUUGAGCACCUUGACAUAUCAAAUAACCAUGUAUAUGGAGAAAUUCCUCAAUGUUGGCAGGAGGCCCAAUAUCUUCAAAAUAUUCAUUUGGGAAACAAUAUGCUCCUUGGAGAAAUUCCAAGCUCUCUUGGAAACUUGAUGAGACUUGAGUUCUUGCAUUUGAAUAACAACAAUCUGAAAGGGCAUCUCCCGUCAUCACUACAAAAUUGCACUCGGCUAUUUGUUGUUGAUCUUGGUGACAAUAAAUUCUUUGGAAAUAUACCUUUGUGGAUUGGUCAAAGUUGGCAAUACUUGGGGAUUCUUCGACUACGGUCAAAUAUGUUUAAUGGCAAUAUUGAUCCACAACUUGGGUAUUUAAGAGAUCUACAAAUUAUCGACCUUGCAAAUAAUAAAUUAUCUGGGUCAAUACCACAUUCCUUUGGAAAUUUCAGCACAAUGAUUUCAACAUCAACAGAAUCAUCUAGUCUCUUCGAAGAAGCAAUACAGCUCAUAGACCUUGAUUGGACGUCAGAUGAAAACAUCACUUUAGUUACAAAAGGAGAGCAAUUUACCUUUUCAUCUAUACUUUACCUUGUCAAGAGUAUAGAUCUUUCAAAUAAUGACUUGACAGAUGAGAUUCCUGAAGAACUAGGAUAUCUUGUUGGACUUUACAAUUUGAAUUUAUCAAGAAACUACUUCAGAGGCAAAAUCCCAGAUAGUAUCGGUGGAAUGAGUUCAUUGGAAACUCUAGAUUUGUCUUUCAAUAAUUUAUCUGGAAAUAUUCCUCAAAGCUUGUCAAAAUUAAAUGCUUUGAACCAUUUGAAUGUGUCUCAUAACAACCUAUCGGGAAGCAUUCCCUUUGGACAUCAACUUCAAACACUAGAUGAUGCAUCCAUUUAUAUCGGCAAUCCUUAUCUUUGUGGAGACAUAGUAAACAGGAGUUGCUUUCAUGGAAACAACACUAAUGCGACAAGUGAGGAGCAUGCAAUGUUAUCGUUGAUAUUAUCAAUCUAUUUCAGUAGCAUACUUGGAUAUUUUGUUGGAUUGUGGAGUAUAUUUGUCCUUCUACUAUUCAAGAAAAAAUGGAGGCACUCUUACUUUAAGAAGGUCGAUGAAAUUUAUGAUAAAGUUUAUGUGACAAUUAAGAUAAGAUUGAAUAGAAUAGCUAAGGGUUAA